GAUAGCCAAAGCUAAUUUAAUUUAAGAAAAAUGACCUUUACAAGUUUUAAUAACUAAGAAAUAUUAAUUAAAAAUAAUUAUACAGAGACCACUCCCAACACAAGACCCAGGUUUGGCAAAAGUAAUCAAUGAGUACUGGUGCUGGCGAGCAAGGUACUGUGAGAAUGAGGGAGAGACAGUUUGCGCUAGAGAAAUACGUCUCAACCUCUGGAGAAAAUUCGAGAACGCCUGUAAUAUGUACAAAGCCAACUGUCGGCACGGAUACGAUUAUAAAGCCACGGAUAAUAAGAAAUGUUAGGUUAUUAAAUCGCCCAUUAAUACUGACGUUUCAAUUACUGAAAGCCUGUUAUCUCACGGACUUUUAAUUAAGAAUAAUGCUUACUGUGUAUACCGUAAAAUAUAAAGCAAUUUAACAGUGAAUUUUGAGUUUUAAUUCGUGAACAUGCGUCGUUUAAAUGUUGUUGCACACGGUAGGUUAUACUAUUAAUUAAAGACCGUUCAAAAUACCGUCACUACGCAAUGGAGUAGGGGGCAGUAGCAAUUCUGCAUCUGUUUUAGUAGACAAGGUCAAGACAAACAACAUAUUGUUAAUUGUCCAGGAAUCAACUUCGUCCUAAAUUACAUUAAGUGACAUGGGCAAAAACUAAUAAUACUAUUUUCAUUUAAUAUGUUUUCAGUGUAUUUGUUAAGUUUAAUACGCGCUGAAGAUAUAUAUAGAGAGAUAGAUCCGCUAGCGUUACAACGAUUCGCAGAGUUUAAUUGCUUCAAGUUAAAAACUUGCACUCGGGGAGGUGUACCUGUUUGCGGUUUUGACGACACCCGUAGAGUACUAGCUCAGUUUGAAGACAUGUGCACACUCUAUCAGGCUAACUGUGAAGGAAAAGGCGUAUUUAUGUACGUGGAAGAAAAUAUUUGCGAAGGACAGAAACGAUUUGAACUUGAAUACAAGCCAUUUGACGAAAAUUCUAAGUAUUUUAUUGGUUAACAUUAUUUAAUUUAUUUAUAAUACUAAUAUUGU